AGCUGUAGGGAGUCAACUGCAUUUCCUCAGAAGAUAGGCUCAGACAGUCUUCAUUUUUCACGUCCACAUUUCCCUCACAGAAUGAAUUUCCUCAUUCCUCGGGUACUGAGAGAGAGCCAUUAAGAUUGAUGGUUCUGCUGUUUUCUCCCCCUUACUCAUCUGUCUGGUCAAGGCGUCCAUCAUUUUCCUGUGACAGCUCGUUUGCAUCAUCAUCUUUGGAGUUUCUGAUCCGUUUUCAUUUACCGCGAAGAACGUCCGGCCAUCAGCCCUGGUACCUUAAUGACAUUCCAGACGGUCAACAAAUCAGGGGGAUUGAUACAAUUAUUGCCCCACUCCAGAGUGAAUGACUUGGGAGGAAGUCUUCACAUAUACUCCCCACUAAGAGAGAGAAAAACAAAAGCUGGGUGUCAACUCUGAAUGAUGAAUCCCCGAUGACUAAAAACUGAGCUGCCCUCCAAAAAAAGGGUGGAAACAGUUGCAGACAGAUCCCUCGGAGCACGUGCAAGCCCCCUGCCAGAGUGCAGAAGACAGGAAGCAUUAUUGUCCCAGGAAUACUCUGUUUACCGCUUUCUCUGUAGUUUUCCCGUAGACGGGUUGUUCUGAGGGUCCCCAAGGGUAGUGUCAUCCUGACAUUGGGGUGAGACAUUGGGGGCUCUUCCUGUGUGACUUUGAACUGCGGAGGUGACAGCGAAUGAGGACAGCUGCCCGUCUCAGUCAGUGGAAGCCAAGAAAGCAGAAAAGGUCGAUCAUCUACAUGCAAACUCGGGUAGUUUCACGUCUACCCUUUCUGUGGAGUGUGCAUCACAACUUUUUUGUAUCGACUCCCAAACCUGCAGGAUCUUGAGAUUCAGAACUGGAUUUCUUCAUGACAUGUUCACCCAUUCAGCCAAUUGUACAUUCCCCAAGCAUAUUUAGAAUUUAAUUUUUGUGUGUACGUUAUUGGUGUCGGUCUUCAGAGAUUUCUGAUAGAACAUAUGAUACGCUGAACGCCACUUCGUCCAACUGAUUCCACCAGGAGACCUUCAGUGAGGGGAAUACACACAAGUACCGUGUGAAGUUGACAAGCAACUGUUUUUAAAGACAACUGGUUUUGUAGAGACUUGCCAGUAGAAUAAGAAAUAAUUUCUGACGUAGACUUAUAGCAUCUGGUGGACUUUUGUGCCCUUGUUGUCGGAGGCACAAUGUUUGGAACUAAUGGAAACGGCGUCCCCGACGGAUGGUGCAUCUACCAGCUAUCUCACUAUGGCAACAAGAACAUGCAAAGCAGUGAGCUGAUAGUGACGGACCACGUCCUGACCAGCGAGGAGCUGAAUGAACUCCGGAUGAACAGCGGCUGGGAGGAUAGCAUCAAGCGCACCCAGAAAAUCAUUCAGGAUGGCUCCCUUGAGCUGACAGAGACCGGCAAGGCACUGAAAGUCCAGUCCGAGCGGCCUCACCUGGUCAGUCUGGGCGGGAGUCGGGUCAGCACUGCCAUCACUUUACUGCCCUUGCCAGAAGGCAGGACAUGUAUCGGCACCAUCGAGUCCAAGACACCGCAGGACAUUGUCAUCCAAGGCAAGGGUGUCCAAGCUGAACAGUGCUGCAUCGAAAACAGGAACAACGUGGUGACGCUGAUCCCCAUCGGGCCAUGCACCGUGGACGGGGAACCGGUCAAGGAACCAACCAAGCUAACCCAAGGUGCCAUGCUGUGCUUUGGCAAAUCCUGCUUCUUCCGAUUCAACAAUCCCUCAGAGGCCAAACGGAUGAAGGAAAGGUCAUCGAGAGGAGAUACCACCUCCCAGCAGAACGCACCGACCAGCCAGGACAUUAUGAAUCUUAACCCCACCGAUCGCCUUAAUGCCAACACAAGGUCGUCGCCAAACGGCCUGACCACCAAUGGUUACACACCACCCCGUGUGCAGACUGUCCCCACAGUGCGCUUCAGCAAUGCCAACAGCAACCACAAUGCCACCACCACCCGCUCCAGCCACCUGGAGCAGACCAUUGAGGCCGAGCUGAAGGAGAUCAUGCGACAGGUGUCCACGGAGGAGGAUAACUUCCCGGCCGAGACUUACGGCAACCGUCAUGCGCUGCUGGACUCGCCUGAGGACUACCUGAGCCAGCCCCGUGACGUCUUCCCAAGCACCUCGUCCACGGACUCCAGCGGUAGUGAGAUGUGGCCCGAGCCCGGCCACCGUGACAGCAUCUCACCACUCUUCUUCACCAAUCACGGCGACAUCCGGGAGACGGCCAUCACUGACGACCACAUUGACGGUGAGGAUGAGACAGCAAAUGCAACAAGUGAGUACCAGCCGCCGGUGAGCACCAUCAGGUCCAAGUUUGAGGAGGCGAUCCGGAAGAACAGUCCAAGCCCAACACGAAAGCACUUCCACAUCCAUACAAGCCCUCGGAACACUCUGGAGCGAGAACACCAGAAGAUGGGACCGCAGUCACCCACAAGGGUGAAGUUGGGACAGAGCAGCUUGUACAGCAAUAAAAAUUCCCUGACAUCCCCGACACGUCGGGCAGAUGGGGAACGAUCGUCUAGUGAUUCCAGUCUUAGCUCUACCUCACUGACAACCGUCACCAGCACCACCACGACAGCUACUACUGACAGAGAGUCAGGCUCGGACAAUUCAGGAGCCAGCGUGUCGUCGCUCCUGUCAACAUCUGCUAGUGUCGUAUCAACAAACUCCACUGUCAGUGCCGAAUUGCCUGGCUCAGCGAAAUCAGUUGUGAGACGGGAGACCAGACAGGAGUCCUCAAAGACUCCAACACCUUCCAGCAACCCCACCCCAACCGGCCUGGACCAGCAGUUCUUUGCGACGCCCGACGCCGACAUCCGCCAGACUCUGAUUGUCGACCCGGAUGAUUUUGAUGACCAGACGCAAAAGGAGCUGUGCCGAAUCCACAUGCAGGCUGUCGCUGAGCGCAAAGAGGCCCAGAAGCUGGCGACGUUGGAGCGACAGCGAAUGGAAGAAAUCCUUAAUAUUUGUGCCGAGUACGAGGCACAGGAGUGCGGCGAGAAGCCCAAAAUGGCAGCCCCACUCCCCCAAACACAGCCUGCUCCAGAAACCCCAAAAGCCGCAGCAAAGCAAUGCCGCGACCAGAGCACCGAUAAGCCUCUCAUGACUAGCAGUCCAAUCAACGAUCAACCAACAGUGGCUGCGAGCAGUCCUAAAUCAAUUGCCUCCGAUGUAGGAAUCAAAGUCAUUGUCGACUCGCCGAUUGUCAAGAGCAACACAUCAACUCAAGAGACUCCAGUGAAAAUGGAGCAGCCAGUCCCAGUGCCGUCACCACUCAGUAAUCAGAAUGUCUGGUACGAGCGCCUCAAGGAUAACAGCAACGAAGCACCCUCUGUGGAUUCUGCAGAUAUGCCAAUGAUCACAGUGGAACCUGCACCACCACCAAAGCCACCAAGAGCAGUAGGACAGGAGCAGACCUCACGCAGUCCUGAAAACGAGCAACUCACUGGGCAAGACAUCGUCAAAGCCAUCAGCAAGCUGGAGGAGGCCCGCGCAGGCUCCAUCCAGAAGAUCGAGGACCUGGAGCGCAGACUGGACGACCUGGAAGUACAGGAAUCAGAAAUGUUAAGAGAGAUGGAGAUAGAGGCUGCGCUCUUGGAGGGCGAACACCGCAGCGAGCUGACACAGUUGCAGCAGGAGCAGGAACUGUUGGGCACGCUCAAACGCACCAAGCACAGUAUUACCAGAAAGGCCAUAGAGCAACGUGAAAGGGAGCGCCUGCAGGUGGACCAGGCCCGCAGCCGCCUACAGCAGCUGGAGCAGGCCCACCUGGAAACGGAACGGCAGCUGGAGGCCUGCCCCAUUGGUGACACGGCCCGCAAGCAGGCCCUGCUGUUCCAAUACCAGCGGGAGGCUGAGGGGCUGGAGCAGGAGCGCAAGCGCUUUGAGGACCUUGAGUUCCAGCAGCUGGAGACAGAGGCCAGGAUUGAGGAGGAGCGGGAGAUCCUGGAGCAGGAGCUGACAGCCGAGGAGACCAAGGAGGAAGAGAAGGUCAAGACCAGAAAGGUGAAUGUCACCGACAUUGACCAGCAGAUGACCCAUGUCAUCAGCGACGCCAAGGUGAAGGCUGAGAGAUUGGAACAUGACCGGAAGAGUACGGAGCAGGAGCUGACCAAGGAGAAGGAGCGAUUGGCUAGCAUUGAGAAGGAAUAUAACGGCUUGGUGAUGUACUACUCCAGGAAGUCGACGGGAGAACAGGAGGAGACGUCGGAACUGCUUGAAAAUGUGCUGAACAGAAUCAGGAAGAUCAGGGAGCUGGCCGAGCGCCGGUUGCGCCUGCAGCCCGAGAUGUCACUCAGUGACGAGUUCCUGGCCAAGCGCAAGUACAACUCGCUGCCCCGGGAGGCCAAGGGGGAGGGCAAGGCCCCGCCCAGCGACGCCUCCCCCAGCCCCUCCCAGGUCUCCCCAGCCUCCUCCCACAGCAGCCUGCCCAGGAAGGGGGACACCCUGGGGGACAUUGAGCGACACCGACGGAUGACCCUGGAGGAGAAAGGAGACCAGCUCAUUGAGGAGGAACGAAACCGUCUGGAACUGUUGUGUCGCCAAGCCACCAAGGAGGCCAAGCUCCAGUGGGAGGAGAAGAAGCAACGGGAGCAGCAACAACUGCUGGCGCCUGGCUCCCCACGAGCCACCGCCGCCAAGGGCAUUAACUUCAGCCCCAGCAGCUCGCUGUACAGCACGCCACGCCAGUCGGCUGGCUCAGCGACGCACCCUAGCAGCGUCGAUUCACUGGGUGCUGCAGCAGCGGCGGUCACGGCGGUCUCGAGCAGUGACUGCGCCAGCGUCUCCAGCUUCGAGAGCAUCGAGGGACACCUGGAAACCUCUGGCGUGUACUCGGGGAACUCCACUCCUUCCAGAACCUUCAGUACAGGGCCCAGCUUCACCAAGGAGGAGCGGGAGAAGCUGGCCGAGAUGGAGCGCCUCCUCAGGGAGGCCCAGGCAGAGAAGCAGGCCCUCCUCAACCAGCAGGUACCCACAAAACCACGCCCACAAACCCAACCCCUCAAUCGCUUGAGACAAGCAGAGGAACAGCUCCUGAGGGAGGAACAGCGCAAGAGGGAAGACCUGGAACACCAGCUGAGGGAGGAGACACUCCGACGGGAAGAGCUGGUGCAGAACCAAGUCCGGCUGAGGGAGAAGCAGAGGAGUGCCCAGUCGAGACCUCUGACCAGGUUUCUCCCCAUCAGUAGCCUGGACUUUGACCUGAGGGCACACAUCGAGAACGCUGGACAUAACGUGGAUAUGUGCAAGGAGAUAACCUUGUCCAGAGGCACCUGCCGUGGCUACAUGAUCAAGAUGGGCGGCCGCAUCAAGACGUGGCGGCGGCGCUGGUUCGUCUUCAACCGUCUCAAGCGCUCGUUCCUCUACUUCUCCUCGGACCGGGAUGAAUCGCGGCCCAAGGGCGGCAUGUACUUCCAGGCCAUCCAGGACGUCUACUUUGACCAUCUGCGGCCCCACAAGAGCCCCAACCCGGUGCUGACCUUCUGCAUCAAGACCAAGGAGCGGACCUUCUUCCUGGUAGCACCCACAGCCGAGGCCAUGCGCAUCUGGAUGGACGUGAUCGUGACGGGCGCAGAGGGUUACAAGGAGUUCCAGUGAGGUCAGGGGCUAUGGCUGAAAAGAUACACCUAUGGGAAAUGCACAUAGCCACUAGUUUGUGGCUUCCAUAGACAUGCAUAUUGACACCAGACGCAGCCACGUAAUGUGGACAUGUUUAGAGUUUUAGUUCUAGGGCAGAGGUGACGAACUGUUCCCUCCCCCCACAAACCCGUAGUUCCUGCUUGCACUCUCUGCACGAAAAAGAGAAGGCGUUUUGUUACCUGGGAACAAAUUUGAACCUAGGUGACAGCACUUGCCAAUGCCACUGGCUAAUAUUUGCGCACCACUCUUGGUUGGACACAUGGCCGUCCUAAUUGUAAUACACUAUGGGAGGCAAGUAGACUGGUCCCAGUCUGUUCAUUGUCAUUCCACGUGCAGCUUGUUGCAGAGGCAGGAGCCAGGCGGUCGGCCCAGCCUUUCUCUUUUUUUUUAUGAUGAGGGAUACUUUUGAUCGGAUCCCAAAAGUGCAAGAACUUCAUGAUAGGACAUAACCUGCAUUCUACCAGAAUGCCUAGCCAGGCUUUAAUGACCUUUGACCGUAAAGUGCAUUGAACCCUGAACCUGAUUUGAGAUGAUAGGUUGUCAUUUCUUUGUGGAUUUUUCCCCCCAGAUUUUGGACAAUUGAAUGUGGUGUUUGGAAUGUUUUUGUUGAGGAAAAAUUUUGUGUGUUCUGAUGACUUUAACCUUUGACUGAUCAGAGCAUGUGUAAAAAUCAAAGUUUUCACGGUUUGGUGCAAAAGGAACAAACUUUCUUUGCUGCGCCAAGCUUAUUUCACUGUAAGAAAGCUGAGUUUUCCGUCGUAAAGAGACACGACAUUUUAAUGACAAAAUAGGCAAGCUGAAUGUAUAAAUAUUUUACCAAACUGUACAGAGUACACUAACAUGGUGCCUGUGUGACUUGAGUUUUCUGCCGCCAAGCUGUGAAGUUUUAACAAAUGUCCAUCAUUUUAAACAGCAAAGAAAAAACUGCCUGGUGUGGUAAUUUGUAAAAGAUGUAAAAAACUUCAAAUAUCAAUUGUUAAAAAUUACAAUGCUCUCAAGUUGGGAGAUGGAAUGCUUGAUAACUACACUGGGCCAACAUCUUGAAUGGUCUCUUGUAGGAAGGGAACUUGCUCUCUGUCUGUAUGGAUGAAAACUUCCAGGUGUUUGUUUAAAUUUGGGCUAAUUCAGAUGCACAGUACAUUUUAGAAUUGAACAGGAUCUCUUUCCAUCGGUGACUGCACAUUUGAUCCGGUAGGUUGAGGAUGGUGGGAGGAUAAGUUUCGGCCACGCCUCCAGUUUACCCCCUCGUGUGAAUGGACCGUACCCAUGUCUGGGGGCAAACUUUCAAUUGUGGAAUAUUUGUAUUCAAUGCAACUGUAACAUACAAAACACAUUUUCUGUAUUAAUGCAAUCUGUUGAAGAAGUGUACUCAUUAAUUUAAUAUAAAAGCUUGAUACUUGAUAAGAGUUACGUGUACUUAAAAGUGGCUGGACGGUGGGUUUCUGACGCCAGUCACGAGGCCAUGUCCAAAAAGGGUAUUAUCGGCUAUGGCUAUUUCUACAUGGCAGGUUAAUGGCCAUCACUAAAGCCAUAGCCACAAGAUACGUCAUUCAGACAUAGCCUUGUUGUCCCUAUAGUCCCUGCCCUAUUUUGUAGCACACUACAACAUACCACUUCUGGUUUGUCUCUAACAUGUAUUAGAUGAGAGAAUCAAAGCAUUAACCUAGUCAUGUCAGUUUACCUCAGCUAAUAAGCAGUUUCUGGUGCUACACACGGUAGUACCACCACCCUGGUCUUACGUGUACUAGUGAUUCCUAGUGGAUUCGUAUCCUAGUCCUUGGAAGUAAUGUGCCGUCCUUGAAUGAUCGAACUAGCCAACUGUACUGACAAAAGGAAAUCCUCAAGCACUGCUGUGGGGGUGCUCCACAACAGUUGAAGUCUCGGGCCAAAUAAGGCCGGGUCCAAAUUACUUGGCUAUGGCUUGAAAUUACACAUGACUCUAUGGAAACUGGCUUCGGCCUCCACCAUAGACUCUUGCAUAAUUUUAGGCCACAGCCAAGUAAUUCGGACACGGCCUAUGACUACUAUUAAAAGAGUACUUAGAAACGGUUAACUACUUUAAUAGCACCAUACUGUCCUACAUGUAGUUGGACUGUGCCUUGUAAUUUCCGAGUGUUUUUCAAACACUUGUGGUAUUUAUGACGUCAUGUUUCCAAAGACACAGAAUCCAUAUCCCAAGGUCACUGCAGUACGAAUCAAACUGUGAAAUCGGACACCUUUUUGUUAUCAAGAGAUCAAGUGACAUCGCUGGCCGUAAUGGAUUUUGAAUAAUAAAGUACAAUAGAAGGGCUUUACAUUAUGUCAUUGCUGUCAAGUCGACGUUUAUGUAAACAUGAAAACAAGUACAUAAAAAACUAAAUCUACAUUUUACUGUAAAACCAAAUAUUAGACUUGUGCAGUCUUCCCACCUUUUUUCUAUAUUGUUAAAUAUUAAACUUUGAAUACUGACAACUUUUACUAAAAUGUAAAAACAAUAAAUAGUACCAUGCAUACCAAGUAUAUUUGAAACUAUGCAGGUUUAUUUAUCAAUACGUUGGUAUAGGUUUAUUUAUUAAUUGGUAGCUGGCUAAUUUGUACAUUUUAGGAGAAAGAUUUUAAGUUUGGUAGGUUCAUGUAGGUUUAGGACUAUUUAUCUGUUGGAAAACGUUUGGUCAUAGGUGAGUAUCCAGUCACAAAGAGUCUGAUCUCGCUCUACAAAAAAAUGCAGGUCAUACUUGAUAACCGGGGAACUCUACGUUGUUACAAGUUGUGACAUAUUGUGAUAUUCAGAUUCAAAGGAAAUUUGCUGUUGUGUUUAUAGCAUUUCACGGGACGUUAUAGGUCAGUUCAUAACUGCCAUGAAAGCAAACAUAAAUUGGUGUUGUGAAAUCAUAUAUACAUGUUGCAUAUUCGCAGAAGUGGAGAACAUUUCCACUCAAGCGAAAUUUUGCAGCAACUUUUGAUCAGAAUGUCCAAUUCACCUCACUUUCACAUUUUGUAUGAAGUAUGAACUAGCCUUAACAGCGACUGCAUUUCCUGCAUUUAGGCCAAAUCAAGAGCUGUAAGGUUUUAGGAUGACUCAACGAGUGCUGAAUUGCCGAAAGGGCAAGUUAUACUGUACCUGAUUGUGACGCGUGGGUAUUUGAAUCAAAUCACAGCUUUUAUAAUAAGCCUUUUGCGAGUUAAAUUUAAAUAAAAUCUGGUACACCAUUAAAGUUAUCUGAUUGUAAAGAAAUAUAAUUUAAAUUCCCCAGACUAACGGCACUGUUACUAUCCAUUGAAAUCAUUGUAUUGUUGUGAGGCGUGACUUGUGUAAACUAAGCAAAAGCUUGCCCCAAAGAACGAGGUAAAGUAACAGUGUCUAUAGUCUGGGGAAUUCAAAUUUUUUUGUGUGUGAAUUUAAAGAACUCAGUCUUCCAGAUUUUAUUCAAAUUUAACUUGCAAAAGGCCCAUUGCUAAAAUGCAGUUGACUACAACCCCAGCAAUUUAGAAGUGUCACUUGCAUGUAUAUACCUGUAUAUGCCUUGCUUGUAAUUUCAAGUGGGUGUCUUGAGGCUUCCACUGAGGCAAAGGCACUCAACUUAACCCAAGAUGUGUGGUGUGACCCCCAUUGUCUCGAAGUCCUGGGGAGUGAAAUGUACUUCAAUCCAAAGUCUAGGGUGCAAGUCUGAGGAAAAUUUUGAAGGUGUCAGUUGGAAUAAGUACUUAAAUCUGAGCUGACUGUUCUGGCAUGGAUCGGUUCCUGGCUCACGAGUUCUGCAGUCCAAUGUUUCUUGAUGGCGUGAGACAUUGAAACCCUCAUAAGUUUAAUUGUAUGAGCGAAUGUAGAUUCUCAACUUCAUCUCAAAACAAUCUGACUUCAAGCCAGGCACCACACCGGGAGAAUAGUGGAGACAUUCAAUGACAGCAAAUUUAGUAUUGCGUAGCACUUGUACUUUGGUUUCUGACAAAUGAAUUAGACCAAUAAAGUAUUCACAGACAACUGAACAGCAGUUCCCGCCAAUUCUUGUGUUAUCAAAACACUGGUGGUUUUUAGCACAAGUUGGAAAUGAGUUCCUCGAACUGAUUUCACAGUCGUAGAAUGCUUACCAAGAUGGCAUUGCUGCUCACCAGUUAGAGAACACAGGUCACUAGUGUAAGUGUAUAUUUAAUUCCAUUAGCCAUAGACAUUAAUUUACCAUUUUUUUAAAGAACUUGUCUAGUUUCCAUAAUUUAAAAAUUACCUGUAUUAUACAUAACACAUGGACGGUACCAAUAAAAUAUCACUCUGAUAUUAACAAAA